UCGUGUCCUUUGUUCAUAAUUCGCGACGGAUAUUUGUUGUAGCAUUUCAAAUUAUAUCGUCAUAUGUUUUAGUUAAUAAGAGCCUAAUAAAUAUAAAUAUUAAUUAAAAAAUAAAUAGUAAAGUUGAAACCGUGCUUUGCGAAAAUCAAAUACAGAAUAUGUACAAACAUCAGCUAUAAAUUAAAAUCGAAAAGAUUGCAGCGCAUAUAAUCGAUUUUUGAAUUGCGUUAAAUCCUAGAAUAAUCGAUUCGAAAAAGAAAUCUUAUCCAACUGAAUUAAAGGAUAUAAAACAUCUUUUCAGCAGCGAAAGAUAUUGAAUAUAGUGUAUCAGAGCGUAAAAUAACAAAUAGUGGAGAGAGGCUGCAUAUCUCACCCUAAAAAAAAAUACCGAAUUAAACGCAAUUAAAUAUGGCCACCGACUGCAAAACGGCCACUAUUAGCGGUACAACAACAACAACAACAAAUACAACAUCAACCACAACCCCAACCAGAACGGAUUUGAUGAAUAAUACAAAAGUUGGUACAGAAUCACUAGCCGUACACACAGCUGCAAGUGGCAGAGGCAGCAGUGCUGCUGUCGGCGUUGUGGGUAAUGGAGGGAACAACGAUUCCGGUGCAGUAUCGUCAAGUAGUGGUGAUAAACCAGAAAAACAAAUCGCACAUAUUGAUUUUGAUGCUCACGGUGAUAGUAUUGCUUUGCUUGCCGGUGAUGAUACCGACUAUUGGCCACCCCCAUCACCGCUAUCAGCCAUUGGCUACGGUCCCCCAAUGGAGCCACAAAAGCCACGUUGGUUAUCAUCGUUACACAGUGUAAUCUUUAUCAUUACCUGUGCCUUAGCGGUAUUUAUUGUAUUUCGUAACGUCUUAACUUGGCAUUUGCAAAGCUUCUGGGGUGCAUCAGGCGAUUUCUGGCAGGCGCAAUGGGAUAAAUUUAUCGAUAAAACAGGUGAUGAUCCCAUGAUGCUAUGGGUCAUCGGUAGUACCAUUUUCACAAUGAUUGUCUAUUGGUUAGUCGGUGGCAUUUAUAUUUUCAUGGAUUUGACUAACCGUCCAGCAUUCCUGCGCAAAUACAAAAUUCAGCCGGGCACUAAUGAGCCGGUCGAAACCGAACGUUUAAUGAAGGUUAUGUGGCGCGUAAUAAGCAAUCAGCUAUUUGUUGGUAUUCCAUUCGCUUUUCUCAGCUAUAAACUAAUGACAUUGCGUGGCCUCAACUCAAUACGCGAAUUGCCAACAUUCCACUGGGUUUGUGUAGAACUGACCGUGUGCAUUCUAAUGGAAGAGUUAGGCUUCUACUAUUCCCAUCGACUGUUGCAUAAUAAACAUAUUUAUAAAUUUAUACAUAAGCAACAUCACGAAUGGACAGCACCAAUAGCGGUUACGGCAAUCUAUUGCCAUCCCAUUGAGCAUAUCUUUAGCAAUUUACUGCCUCCAUUUCUGGGCGUUUUUCUAAUGAACACACACGUUGCCACGGCUUGGAUGUGGUUUGCUCUAGCCAUCCUAUCGACACUCAAUGCGCAUUCCGGUUAUCAUUUGCCCUUCUUUCCCAGUCCAGAGGCGCAUGACUUUCACCAUUUGAAAUUCAACAAUUGCUUCGGCGUGCUAGGUGUUUUGGAUCGUCUACAUGGCACUGAUAUUUUAUUCCGAGCAACUAAGUCGUACACGCGACACAUUAUGAUGUUGAGUUUCGUGCCACCGCGUGAGGCCUUCCCGGAUUCAUCAACUAAAUAAAAUUAUUUAUAAAAUUCAAGUGGGAUGCAUUUUUCAACUUGGUUUUAAUAUUUGGCAAUACUUGUAGAUUUAAGUUGCAAUCUUUAAAUUUAUGUGAUAUGAAUGUAUGUAUGUAUAAAUGUAGCUAAAUAAGGCAAUAAGAUAAAUAUUAAUAAUCUGAAAUAGUCAUUUAUA